UCUUUAAUUUUUAAACUUUAAAAAAAAUGAAAUAACUAUAGACUGAUGCGAGUUGUAAGAAAUAAUACAAAGAGAAACCCUGUGCCCUUUAUCUAGUUUCCCUCAACUGUGUGUGUAGGGGGACAACUUUAGCAUAAUAGCAACCAGAAAACUAACACUGAUACAAUCCUUUGAUCUUAUUCAGAUUCUCCAGUUUUGCAAGUACGCAUUUGUGUUUGUGUGUGUAGUUAAGGAUAUAUUUUUAGCAUUUAAAUUUUCACAAUGACUUAUUUAGCUCUUACUCUCUGCCAGACAUUUGAAUUCUGGGAAAACAAGGCUAAGGAAUUUGCCAAAACUCCUUACCGAUUUAAAUGGAGUAAAGACAUUAAAAAUCUGAUACUUAAAUGGAGUAAAGACAAGGUAUUGUUGGGACCUAGAAGAACUUUGCCCGCCUUUAUUUGGAGGAGGGACAAAGAGGCAAUGGAGAAGGAUGUCAGACAAGCCCUUGGUCGGCACGUGCAGCAGGCACUGCAAUAAUUAAUCUGAACCCUGUUAUCUCCACUUAGUCGCACACAAAUCCUCACACCCCGAAGGUUUCAUUAUCUUCACGUUCACUGGUCGGAAAAACGAAGGCUCAGAGCGCCCGGGACAGGGUCACCCUGGUCACAGUGACUCCAAGCCCAGCGAGGCGACAUGUCACGCACUCAUCCUUGACAGGUACGCCCUAUCCCUGUUGGAGUUCUGCCCCUAAAGCUCUUCCUGCCUUCCUGGCUGCAAGUUCUGGACUCAAGGCAACACUGUAGAGAACCGAGGGAGCGUGCCACGGCAAAGAGCGCAGCACGAGGCGCCCUGCAGCCGCUGUCCACGCGCCGGUCACUCCCUGGCCUGGUGCGCGGCUCACUGGCGCAUGCGCACGCCGCACCCGCAGCACCAGGGUCUCCGGCCCCCGCGUAUGAGGGGAGGGGCCGGAAGUAACUCGAGUCUCUCCGUUGCUAAGCGACGGGGCUUCCACAAGCCAAACAGAUGUUCUCCGGCUUCUUUUCCUCCCGUUUACAGCUCCAGCAGCUCCGAAUCCCGUCACCAUGUCAGACGCAGAAACCGAUGGCUUGCGAAGCACCUUUUCCUCUUACAUGACCGAGGGCGAGCGACUCUAUCUGUGCGGGGAGUUCGCUAAAGCCGCUCAGAGCUUCAGCAACGCUCUCCACCUUCAGAAUGGAGACAAGAAUUGCCUGGUUGCCCGCUCCAAGUGCUUCCUGAAGAUGGGAGAGCUGGAGAACUCCCUGAAAGAUGCUGAGGCUUCACUCCACGCUGACCCCACCUUCUGCAAGGGGAUUUUACAAAAGGCUGAGACCUUGUACACCAUGGGAGACUUUGAGUUUGCUUUGGUGUUCUACCAUCGAGGCUACAAACUAAGACCUGAUCGGGAAUUCAAAGUCGGGAUCCAGAAAGCACAGGAAGCCAUCAACAACUCGGUGGGAAGUCCAUCUUCGGUUAAACUAGAGAACAAAGGGGACCUCUCCUUUCUAAGCAAGCAAGCUGAGAGUAUGAAAGCCCAGCAGAAGCCUCAGCUUGUCAUGAGACAGCACUUACAGCAACCCAAGAGAGAAUACAAGCGGAAGGCCUCCCUCAAGAAUGAGAAGAUUGUCCGCCAGCUCCUGGGAGAGCUGUACGUGGACAAGGAGUAUCUGGAGAAGCUCCUGCUGGAUGAAGACCUGAUCAAGGGCACCAUUAGGCAUGGCCUGACCGUGGAGGACCUCAUCAUGACGGGCAUCAACUACCUGGACACCCGCAGUAACUUCUGGAGGCAGCAGAAGCCCAUUUACGCCAGGGAGCGGGACCGGAAGCUGAUGCAAGAGAAAUGGCUGAGGGACCGCAAACGCCGCCCCUCUCAGACAGCUCGCUACAUCCUCAAGAGCCUGGAGGAGAUUGAUAUGCUGCUGACCAGCGGCAGUGCGGAUGGGAGCCUUCAGAAAGCUGAGAAAGUCCUAAAGAAGGUGCUGGAGUGGAACAAGGAGGAAGUGCCCAACAAGGAUGAACUGGUUGGAAACUUGUACAGCUGCAUAGGGAAUGCCCAGAUCGAGCUGGGGCAGAUGGUCGCCGCCCUGCAGAGCCACCGGAAGGACCUAGAGAUCGCCAAGGAAUAUGACCUUCCUGAUGCCAAGUCGAGAGCCCUUGACAAUAUCGGCAGGGUUUUUGCCAGAGUUGGGAAAUUCCAGCAAGCCAUCGACACGUGGGAGGAAAAGAUCCCUCUGGCGAAAACCACUCUGGAGAAAACCUGGCUGUUCCAUGAGAUUGGCCGCUGCUACUUGGAGCUGGACCAGGCCUGGCAGGCCCAGAGUUACGGAGAGAAGUCCCAGCAGUGUGCCGAGGAAGAAGGGGACAUUGAGUGGCAGCUAAAUGCCAGCGUUCUGGUGGCACAAGCACAAGUGAAGCUGAACGACUUCGAGUCGGCCGUGAACAACUUUGAGAAGGCUCUGGAGCGGGCGAAGCUGGUCCACAACAAUGAGGCGCAGAAGGCCAUCCUCAGUGCUUUGGAUGACGCUAACAAAGGCAUCGUCCAAGAGCUGAAGAAAACCAACUACAGGGAACUUUUCUAUGGGAAGAAAGAGAAAGAAGAAACACCUGCACAGGGUAAGCCAAAGGCGACAGAGAAGGAGACCCCAAGAAGAACGAAACAUGAUUCCGAGAAGGUAGUGAAGCACUGGGAGAGAGAACACGGCGGCGGGACCGACAAAGAGACCGAAGAGGACGUGUCCAAGGAAGACCUGGGCACCGCAGCGAGCGACACCCAGGGGUACAGGCCGGGCGGAGGGCUGGCUCAGGCCAGCUCCUUCAGGAGGAGGGAACCCCGAGAGCUGGGGAGAGAUUCAGGCGAGGCUGCCAAGGUGGUAUCGGGAGCACCAGGCAUAAGAAGUUCCAAAGAAGUAGAUCAGAAGUUGCCCGAGGUGGGCAGAAGAGAAUCAAGAGAAAUUUUUAGGAGGGAUUCACAACUGGACCAAAACCUCUCCGAAUCAAGCAUAAAGGAACUGGAGGAACCCCAGGAGGCACCCCUGGAAGCCAGCAGGAGCGAGUCAGAGGGGCUGGUGGAAACAGGCUCCGAAGAGCAGACCACAGAUCAGGCUGACAGGAUGGAAGGCGACGAAAGGCGGGGUGACUGAAGGGGCGCGGGGCGGGGGCGGGGGCUGGAAGGGGCCAGGGAGACCUCACUCAACUGGACUUUCAAGCUGAGAUUUAUCUUUCUUUAGUAGGAAAAACCGGGGGCUGUGUCCCGCAGGUCACCUCUGCCUCUGUCACUACUUUCACUUUAAAUACAUAGUUUCACUCUGACAGACCCCGAAUCUGUCACUUUGCUUCCUCACCUGCACCAUUGUCAACAGAGCCGUUGUGAACGAGUGACUGGAAACAGGGUGCCACUUCCCUGCAGGCACAAGUCUGGCCUGACUCUGGUGAGAAACACAGACACCCCCAAACAAGGUCCAGCUAGUAUGUGACUGAGGGGGAACAUGGAAACAGAUCUCUUCCCCAGGGCCUGUCCAUGGUCCUCAUGGAAGGGGUGAGAGAGGUGCUACGAAGUGCUUUUAGGGCGUGAAACAGGUGGACACCAAGGAACCCCAAAGGCCUACGUCAGGUCUCAGGGUGGGGGGUGGCAAGGCCUGGGCGUGGUGCUGUGAAUGCCCGGCCCGCGGCCACUGGGUCAGCUUGCCAAGCACCUGGUUGGCCCGGAGGAAGCUUUAGAAAGAAAUGGGGCGCCAGCUCAGCCCCCACAUGACAGAGGGGAGACAGCUUGUAAGCUUUGAAACUCUUGAAAACAGAAUGAAGCUGUCAACUGAGAGGGGAAAAAAGGGCUAUGAUAAAUGAGCAUUUAUCUGGGUGUCUUCGAUUUGCUCACUGGGCAGCAUAAACUUAGGCAUCAGUCCAAGUUGUGUCUGACUGGGGUCUCUGUUUAAGAGGGCUGUAAAGGACAAAAGAAGGGAGAAGGCAGGAUUGCAAACUUUUCCCCAAGAAUUAGGCCUGGUUAGGGAUUAGAUUCCCGAGACUCCCCUGACUUUUAGUCAGUUUGGCUUUGGUUACCAAGGAGGGACAAGAGAAGAUGGCCACUCGGUUCUUGGGAAGGCUGUGUCUAGUUGAGACCUCCUAAGUCAAAACCGUUGUUUGAAUUGUAAGUUCGUCAGAGUUUCCGGGGACCUCCCUGGUGGUGCAAGAGAUUAAGUCUCAGCACUGUGAAGCUGCAGCCGUGCAGCCACCAUAGCUGGGUCUGAUCCCCGGCCAGGGAGCUGACUCACAUGGCGCAGC